ACAGCCCAAAUAGGUGGAUAAGUCCAAAAAAUUCACUCCCUCACACUUAUUUCCGAUUUUGGCGUUACCUUUUUUUAGAAAGAGUGUGUUGUUUUUUUCUUUUCCUGAAUCUACAUCUCGGUGGACUUCUCUCUCUUCUCGUUCUAAUCAUAUAAUGGGGUUGUCCUUUGGCAAGCUUUUCUCAAAACUCUGCGCUAAGAAAGAGAUGCGAAUUCUCAUGGUUGGUCUUGAUGCUGCUGGUAAAACCACAAUAUUGUAUAAACUCAAGUUAGGGGAGAUUGUCACCACCAUUCCUACUAUUGGAUUUAACGUGGAGACUGUGGAGUAUAAGAACAUUAGCUUCACUGUGUGGGAUGUUGGUGGUCAGGAUAAGAUUCGACCAUUGUGGAGACACUACUUCCAAAACACACAAGGGCUUAUUUUUGUGGUUGACAGCAAUGAUCGCGACCGUGUUGGCGAGGCUAAAGACGAGUUACACAGGAUGCUGAAUGAGGACGAACUAAGAGAUGCUGUGUUGCUUGUUUUUGCAAACAAGCAAGAUCUUCCCAAUGCAAUGAAUGCUGCUGAAAUAACUGAUAGACUUGGCCUAAACUCUCUGCGCCAGCGCCACUGGUAUAUUCAAAGUACGUGUGCUACUUCUGGUGAAGGUCUAUACGAGGGACUAGACUGGCUUUCAAAUAACAUUUCAGGCAAGGCUUCCUUCAAAUGAUAGAAUUGUGUUCGUCUACAUCAAGAUUUGUUGGCGUCAGUGCUGUUGUAGUUUUAUGAUCUUUUAUUACCCUUGGUGUGUUGUCUUGUUCUUCUUCCUGUCUAAUCUGAUUUCAAUUCAAAUAAAUACUAUUGAUAUGCAUUCCUAAUAUUUAUUUUUUUAAUUAAUGACAUCUUGAUGUACAUUACCUUCUUGUUCCAUGCAAUAGACACUAAGUUUUACCUUA